AUGGCGAAGCUCUCGAUCGCCCUUCUGCUCACGGUGCUCGCUGCGGCAACUGUUGCCACGAUCAGUGAUGCCGGCGCCACCAUCACUGCUGGUCGCCAUGCCAGGAGGAGCCGUUUCCUGCUUGCAAACAGCGCGGUCUACAACCCGCCGCUGCCAUCGUACGCCUGCUCCAAGAAGUCAGCCGCCGUGUGCCUCGCUCCGGGCAGCCCUGGCCCGGCGUGCUGCAGCGGGCAGUGCGUGGACACGGUUGCCAGCGCCGACCACUGCGGCGGCUGCAACAAGGUAUGCAAGCUCAACCGCAGCACGUGCUGCGGCGGGCGCUGCGUCGACCUGCUCUCGGACAGGGACAACUGCAGCACGUGCGGGAACCAGUGCCACAAGAAAUGCAACAACGGCUUCUGUGACUACGCUCUGUAA